UGCUCCCUUGAGUGAUUACUGCCCUCCGCUACGCGUCGGCAGUAAACUUCAUUCUCGGGAGGAAAAGUUGCACUUUCCUCCCUUGUUAUACAAAUAGCUAUUUCUAGUGGAUUUGUUUAGUAAUUUGUAAACUAACGGUACUUGGAUACAAUAAAUCACAAUUUUCUCUUCCAAGUAUUUAUGCUAGUUUCUAGAUUUGAAACUAGGUCUGGUCCUAUUUUUUUAUCCAAGUUUUAUAAUAGACUUCUAAUAAAAGCACAUUGUAUAGUGAACAUUGCCCGCACAGACUCGGCAGUGCUGACUCUUGUAUUUAUGAACAUAUUUAUCAAGUCUUCUGUUUUUGUAGAAACUGAUGAUAUCUCAGUUGAAAUAACGGAUGUUGAACAUGAUUGCAAAUACAAUACACAAAUGCUGUACAACAUGCAGAGCCUGUUAAUUGAGAUCAAUGCAAAACUUGAUGAAUUAUCUGCAUACACUCAACAAUCAGUGGAAGGACCAGUAGAGAAUGUUUUAGAAAGAAGUUCUAAAGAGCUACCAGUGGAUACCCAAGAAGAAUUAGAAAAUCUGGAACAAUUUUUGGCAUCUAGCGAAAAUUAUAAAUCUUUAGUCCAAUAUUUUGCCAAGAUGGGAGGCGUUAAUUUGUAUGAUUUUGUGAAAAGAUGUUUGAGACCAGUAAUAUCAGACACAAUGGCAAUGGCCUAUUCUUUUAUAGGCAGAAAAGGGAAAAUGAACUUUUCAAAGCUAAGGCUUUCGAAGGCAGUUAUUGAAUCAGCUGAGAGAAGUGGUUUACAAAAAACCAGGAAGGAGACCGAAUAUGCUGUAGCCUUGUGGCUAAGAAAGGCGAAAGAGAGAUACAUGAAGCAAAUGUGACACUUUUUUUAUAAUAUUUUUGUGUAAUAAAAAUGUUUACAUUUA